AAUACAAAUUCAACCAAGUAACAUACAUUAGAAAGAUGGCGCUCUGCGAUUGAAUUAUAAAGGACCAAGUAUAUCUGAAAUGGAAUAUUAAUAUUGAAUUUUUCUAAUUGUGAAAUAUAUAUCAGAAUCAUGGCUCAACCGAAGAUUAAUAUGGCUGCUUUGCCCGCUCCCAUUAAAGCAAAAUUGGCUGAAUUGGAACAGGAGUUACGAGAAGGGGAUAUUACUGAUAAAGGAUUUGAAAAGAAGAAGACAAAGUUACUUGCGCCAUAUGUCCAACAACAGAUAGAGAGGACUAUUCAGAAGCAAUACGUUCAAGAACAAGUUGCGGCACAACGUAAGCAGCGCCGGACACGUAGACGGCGAGAUGAUGAUGCUGAUGUUGAUCGAUUUAGAUCAGAUGUAAGAGAAGAAGCUGUUCGAGCCGCUUUAGCAAGACACAGUGAGAUUCAACUACCGAUGCCAAUGCCGUCCAAACGACAGUCUUUUCACUCGAGCCAUGUGCCAAUUGAAACACCACCAGAAUCAGAUUCUGACAACGAGUCAACGUCCUCCACCCACACUGUCGACUCAACAAGUGCACCAACCCGAGACUCAGGACUAGGCUUUAGAUUACCAGGAAUGGAACCUGCAAAUGGACAUCUAAGACCACAAAGCCAAGCACGAGGAUUAGAUAUAGCAAGUAACACGAGACGAACAAGUUCACAACCACCUCCUGAUGUAACAGCCAGCUCGUCCCAUCAAGUCGCCUUCCGCACUCCUAGACAAGAUGUCGCAAGACAAGCUAAUAGUAAAGUGUCUGCAAAAAUUCAGCAAUUACUUAAUACCCUAAAAAGACCAAAGAGAAAACCACUACAAGAGUUCUUUUUAGACGAAGAACAAGAAUUGGAAUUAUCUGCCAACCAACUUGAUCCAAAUGCACCAAACCCUGAAGGCAAUACAAUCACUCCAGCCAUUGGAGAGCAACUAACAUUACCAACUGGACUACCAAGACAUCUAGAAGCAGCAUUGCAAAGGUAUGGUAACUCAACGUUUAAAGCGCCAGCCGUUACCUCCUUAGAUGUCAGUGGUAAACCGAAAGAAACGCUUACAUACGGCAAACUUUUAAGUAGAGCUCAAAAGAUAGCUUAUUUCCUACUAAACAAGAUAGGUGGAAGGAAUGAGUCAUCAAUAAAACCUGGAGACAGGGUGGCUCUCGUUUACCCAAAUUCAGAUCCAGCUAAUUUUUUGUGUGCUUUCUAUAGCUGUUUGUUUGCUGGGGUGGUGCCUGUAGCAAUCGAAGUACCUGUUUCGAGAAAGGAUGCUGGAAGUCAACAGAUAGGUUUUCUCCUUGGUAGUCUAGGUAUAGUAAACGCUUUGACGACAGCACAGUGUCUUAAAGAGCUACCCAAGAAUACAUCUGGAGAAAUAGCACAUUUUAAAGGUUGGCCAAAACUAAACUGGCAUGUAACAGAGCAUCUGAAUAAACCUCCCAAAGACUGGCAGAUGCCCUCCAGAAUGUCUGAUGACUCACCUGCCUAUAUAGAGUACACAACUGAUAAAGAUGGCAGUGUAAUGGGAGUUACUAUCUCAAGAAGUGCAAUGCUGCAGCACUGCCGGACACUAACAGUAGCAUGUAACUAUUCAGAGGGUGAAGUAAUGGUCAGUGUGCUGGACUUCAAGAGGGAUGUCGGCCUCUGGCAUAGUAUUCUCUGUAGUGUAUUUAAUGGCAUGCAUGCAAUACAUAUCCCAUAUGGGUUAAUGAAGAUAAACCCAGCCUCCUGGAUGCAUAUGAUAACUAAGUAUAAAGCCUCUGUGGCUGUGGUGAAGUCUCGUGAUAUGCAUUGGGGGCUGAUGGCUCAGAAGGAACACAAGGAUGUCAGACUGGAUACAAUACGAAUGUUACUUGUAGCAGACGGAGCAAAUCCAUGGUCGUUAUCAUCAUGUGAUGCUUUCCUUAAUACUUUCCAAAGUCGAGGUCUAAAGACAGAAACUAUAUGUCCCUGUGCCAGCACAACAGAAGCGCUCACAAUAUCAAUACGAAGGCCUGGUAAGACUGGUAACACAGCCUCAGGCCGAGGAGUUUUAUCAAUGGCUGGACUAAGCUAUGGUGUGGUCAGGGUGGACACUGAUGAUAAAUUAACCUCUUUGACAUUGCAAGAUGUUGGUGUCGUUAUGCCUGGAGCUGCGAUGGUGGUUGUGAAAGUAGAUUCUAACCCAAUUCUAUGUAAGACAGAUGAAGUAGGGGAGCUAUGUGUAGCCUCAGAAGCUGUAGGUAGCUCAUACUGGGGACUUACUGGCAAAUCAAACCAAGUCUUCAAGGUAACAUACUUAGACACUUUAUAUUUGUUGUUUUACCAUUUUGUGAGACAAAAAUAAUUAAAAUUAUAUUCUUCUUAUAUUUAGGACGGUGGUUUGGUGUUUGUUUGUGGUAAAACAGAUGGUUUGAUGACAGUCAGUGGAAGGAGACAUAAUACCGAUGACAUCAUCGCUACUGUUCUCGCUGUUGAGCCAAUGAAAUUCAUCUACAGAGGGAGGAUUGCUGUAUUCUCCAUUAAAGUUCUUAAAGAUGAAAGGGUUAUAAUUAUUGCUGAACAAAGACCAGAUGCUACUGAAGAAGAGUGCUUCCAGUGGAUGAGUCGUGUUCUUCAGGCUAUCGACAGUAUACAUCAAGUUGGCGUUUACUGUCUUGCAUUAGUACCACCCAAUACCCUGCCAAAGACCCCCCUGGGAGGUAUUCACUUAUCUGACACCAAACAAAAAUUCCUUGAUGGCUUACUCCAUCCCACCAAUGUUCUCAUGUGUCCACAUACAUGCGUUACCAACCUACCAAAGCCUCGCAUUAAGCCCUCGGAUGUCGGACCAGCAUCCGUGAUGAUGGGCAACCUGGUGGCAGGGACUAGGAUAGCGGGGGCAGCUGGCCGAGACAUUGGUGGUGUAGACGAAGAUACAGAAUCAGGGAGGAAGUACCAGUUUCUGUCCGAGGUUUUAAAGUGGAGAGCUCAGUCAACACCAGAUCAUGUCCUCUACACUCUUAUGAACAGCAAGGGUAGUGUAGCAGGUACACUGACCUGCAGUCAGCUUCACAAGAAAGCUGAGAGGAUAGCUGUUUUAUUGCAAGAUAAGGGCAAGAUUAAUACAGGAGAUCAUGUAUCCCUCAUCUUUCCACCUGGCCUAGACCUUGUAGCUGCCUUCUACGGCUGCUUGUAUGUUGGUGUUGUGCCAGUAACUGUCCGUCCUCCCCACCCUCAGAACAUCCAGACCACUCUACCUACGGUCAGAAUGAUUGUAGAGGUUAGCAAAUCAAGAGCCAUCUUGACCACUCUACAGGUCAUCAGGUUAUUAAAAUCAAAGGAAGCGACAGGUACAGUGGACACUAAAUCAUGGCCCACAAUUCUGGACACAGAUGACCUGCCAAAGAAAAAAUUAACAAACUACUACCGUGCACCAACACCAGAGAUGAUGUGCUUCUUGGAUUUUAGCGUGUCCACAACUGGAAUGUUGGCAGGCGUCAAGAUUUCUCAUUCAGGUGCCAGCGCUCUUUGUCGGUCUCAGAAGUUAGCGUGUGAACUUUACCCCUCCAGGGUUAUCUGCCUCUGCUUGGAUCCAUACUCUGGCUUAGGAUUUGUUUUAUGGAGUUUAACAAGUGUUUAUUCUGGACAUCACUCUAUUUUGAUACCGCCCUCUGAAGUGGAAGCCAAUCCCGCUCUGUGGCUGAGCACACUUAGUCAAUACAAAGUUCGUGACACAUUCUGUUCCUACUCUGUGAUGGAGCUAUGCACCAAGGGACUAGGAACCUCUGUAAAUGGACUUAAGUCCCGUGGAGUGUCAUUAUCAGCUGUCCGCUCCCUUGUUGUGGUAGCUGAGGAGAGGCCUAGGGUGGCUUUGACUACUCAUUUCUGCACACUGUUUAGGACCGUAGGCCUAGCUACGCGGGCAGUCAGCACUGCAUUUGGGUGUCGUGUUAAUGUUGCUGUAGGAAUGCAGGGAGCUUCCAGUCCCGAUCCAAGCAAUGUUUAUGUUGAUGUGAGAGCUCUUAGAAAUGAUCGAGUUACUUUGGUGGAGAAAGGUAGUCCCCAUGGACUGUGUAUGAUGGAAUCUGGCAAGAUUCUUCCAGGUGUGAAAGUGGUCAUUGCACAUCCUGAGACCAAAGGGCAGUGUGCUGAUUCUCACUUAGGGGAGGUUUGGGUGAACAGCCCUCACAAUGCAGCAGGCUAUUACACCAUCUAUGGUGAUGAUUCCGCCUACGCAGACCAUUUUAAUUCCAGACUGACCACAGGUGAUACAAGUACUGUUUAUGCUAGAACUGGGUAUCUAGGCUUCAUUAAAAGGACUGACCUGACUCAAGCUGACGGAGAUCGGCAUGAUGCAUUGUUCGUUGUGGGUUCCCUGGAUGAGGCAUUAUCAAUGCGUGGUAUGAGGUAUCAUCCAAUUGAUAUUGAAAACACUGUCCUACGAUGUCAUAGACAUAUUUGUGAGAGUGCUGUGUUUACAUGGACAAACCUCCUCGUUGUGGUUGUAGAACUUGAUGGAGAUGAGAAGGAGGCCCUUGACCUUGUUCCACUCAUCACGAAUGCGGUACUUGAGGACCACUACCUCAUUGUUGGCGUUGUUGUUCUCGUCGAUCCUGGCGUCGUGCCAAUCAACUCCCGUGGUGAAAAACAGCGUAUGCAUCUACGAGAUGGAUUUUUAGCUGACCAGCUAGACCCAAUAUAUGUAGCAUACAAUAUGUAAUUAUUUGAAAUUUUUAACAGCACUUUGAAGAAUACUGUACACUGACCCCUGAAUAGACAUUUUGCCAAUUGUUUCAUCGUAUGUUUGCAUGCGAGUGAACUAUUAUUUGAGGAUGGUUUUGGCCCAUGAAUCUACACUAUUCAACAGAUAUCCUCUUUUUGUGUGCAGAACAAUGAUGAAAUCAUUUUGAUUGUACCUUAGCAAGUGAGUUGUAACACCAGCAAUGGUAUUAUGCCUUGUGUAGGUAAAAACUUGUUUAUAUUUAACCAGAAGUGGUGUUUUUUGAAAUAUUUUUCAUACUUUCUAGGUAUAAUCAAUGAGUAUAGAACUGCAAGAGGCCCGACUCUAUGGUUUUCGUUGAAAUGCAAUCUUAUCUCGAAAGUACUACCACGAACUAGAGGGCGUCCUUCAAAAUAACGUAUAGAGGCGUUCGUAUUGAACGUGCGUUGUGUUAGUUGAAAGCAUGUUCGGGUUUUGAAAUCUAGUUGAAUUCUAAUGGACCCCCCCCCCCUUUUUUUUUCAUUUUGUCUCAUUGCGCACAUGCAAAGUAAUGGUUGGACCUCUUGUAAUUCUAUACUCUUUGGAAUAGUCUAUGUGGCAAACAAUGAUCGUGGAGCCAAUACUUUAAUUGACUAGUCUAUAGUUGGUUGAGGCACUAGUCUAUUCCGGAAAUAAUUGCCUGGAUAAACCAUUGGUAACUAGUCGAUUUAUCCAGGUAAGUAUCUCAACCAAAAUUGCUACUUGCCUUGAUAAACCGAUGUGCAGUUAGUCGGUUUAUCCAGCUAAGUGUUUCAAUCAAAGACUACCAAAAUCACUGCUGAUUUAUGUAACUUAAGGCAUGAGGAACAUAAAAACUAAAUCAAAGUUCUAGCUUCUAUUACAGUCAUUUGAUGAUGCCUUCAGGAUUUUGUGCAACCUAAUGGGCUUCCAACACCCAGAUUGUAAUAGUUAUAUUCUAGGUGGGACCCAUAAAGUCAUUGUACAAUGAUAGCCCAGAAUUCUUUUAAUAUUUAAUUUUAAAAGCACUACUGUU